AUAUACGUCACUCCGUUUGCCAAAAAACCCACAAUAAUCUCCUUUAAUGCCUUUAGUUUAGUUAGGUUACAAUGGCUGUAGAAGCUAACGCCGGAGUUUUAAACCGACGGUUAAAAAAGUCGAUUGUGAUUGGUGACUCGCCUGCAGGGGGCGGGACCGGAGGUGCCAACUGCGGGUAGGGCUUGAAAGCGGUGCUGGUACCUUCUUCACUGAGAGGAAAUUAGAAAUUAGGUCAGACGGACUUUUUCCCAGCCUGAGAGCAUUACGCCUAAACGGACGGUAACACGGGAGGUUGACAGCGCUCCUGCUGAGACACAGGAUGGCUGCACUGCGUCAUCUCAAGCAGUGCCACCCAAGGGGCAUUGCUAUCUCUAAUUUUCACACAAGCAGCCCUGCCUCUGCCAAACAGCAUUACAAAAUGCUUGUGCUGGGAGGAGGAAGUGGCGGUAUCACAAUGAGCUCCCGGAUGAAGAGGCUGGUGGGAGCAGAGAAUGUAGCUGUGGUGGAGCCCAGCGAGAUCCACUACUAUCAGCCAAUAUGGACCCUGGUUGGUGCUGGUGCAAAGACUGUAGCGUCCUCAGGGCGUCCCACUGCAAGCCUUAUGCCAUCUGGAGUGAAAUGGGUGAAAUCUAAAGUUCAGGAAAUUAACCCAGAGACAAAUACUGUACGCACAGACGACGGGACUGUAAUCUCGUAUGAAUAUUUGAUUGUGGCGCUUGGUUUAGAGCUCCAUUAUGAGAAGAUCAAAGGACUCCCAGAGGGGUUUGGGCACCCAAAAAUUGGCUCUAACUACUCUGUCCAAACUGUGGAGAAAACGUGGAAAGCAUUGCAGGAUUUCAAAGAGGGCAAUGCUGUGUUCACUUUCCCAAAUACUCCUGUGAAAUGUGCUGGAGCGCCACAAAAGAUCAUGUACCUGUCAGACGCCUACCUCAGGAAGACGGGCAAAAGAGCAAAAGCCAAUAUGAUCUAUAACACAUCAUUGCCUGUGCUCUUUGGGAUAAAGAAGUACGCUGACUCACUGUGGGAGAUUGUGAAAAAGCGUGACCUACAGAUUAACCUGAGGCACAACCUGAUUGAAGUGCGCGCAGAUAAGCAAGAAGCUGUGUUUGAAAAUCUUGACAAACCAGGGGAAACCAAAGUGUUCGAGUAUGAAAUGCUUCAUGUUACACCGCCAAUGGGACCCAGCUCGGUGAUUAAAGGCAGUCCACUGGCCGAUGAGAUCGGCUGGUUGGAUCUGAACAAAGAAACUCUCCAACAUACCAAGUAUCCAAACGUGUUUGGGAUCGGAGACUGCACCAACCUUCCCACAGCCAAAACCGGCGCAGCUGUUGCUGCACAGUCUGCCGUCUUGAGCCGAACUAUCAGCAAAAUAUUGAAAAAAGAGAAACCAGAUAAGAAGUACGAUGGGUACACUUCAUGUCCCUUGGUCACAAGCUACAACACAGUAAUCCUGGCAGAGUUCGACUACAACGGACAACCGCUGGAAACGUUCCCCUUCAACCAAGCCAAGGAGAGGCGACUAAUGUACCACAUGAAAGCAGAUGUGAUGCCUCACCUCUAUUGGCAUGGCCUUCUUAGGGGGCUGUGGGGCGGACCGGGACCUUACAGGAAAAUCAUGCAUCUUGGGAUGAAAUGAAACCUCAUCUUCAGUUUGAAUCUGAAAGGAAAUUCAUUGUGUAAUCAUCUACCAAAGGGUGGACACGCAUAUGGAUAAAGGAGUAAUGUGAAUGUUUUGAACAUCAUGAUUAAUCAGUCUCACAGAAAAGCUCAUUUAAGUAGCGUUUUUGAUAUUACUGUGGAAUUAAACGACUGGAAUGAUGGAGUGGGUCUAAACUGCUCAUAGAUCAGCUGUUUUUGUUUUUUGGGUGCUUUUGACAGCACAAUGAAUGGCCAGUCGAGAUGCUUUCAUAAGCCAGAGAUGGGUUUUUAUAGGGACCGAGAACAAAAGUUUGUAGAAUACUCCAUGCUGUUUGCAUCACCUCUGGUGUGGAAGAAUAUAAAAUUAAAACCUCACAUGCAAAUGUAAGUUGGAUCAUUUCAGUUGUUUGUUUUGUUUUUUUUGUUUUUGUUUUUCAGUUAUAGUUGGUCGGCAUUGCCAAAAUUUAUAUAGUGACAUUAAAAAACCAACUCUAAAUUGAGGUUAUUUCAGGGUAGCCAUUAAACACAGCAUAUAAAUAUUACUCUUUCCCCAGAUUGCUACAUUUAAAACCGUGCACAUGUGCAAUUUAGUCAUUGUGAGUGAGAUGUGUUUAAGUCUUUGGCUUUAUUUAGAGUUUUAAACUAAUCAUGGUACCACACAAUGUGUAGGAUUUGCCAUUUGGGGUGUUUGAACAUUAAUACGCAGGCUACAAGUGCUUUUUCUUACAUUUAGACGUCAGUGUCUGAAGUAGAGUUUUGUACAUAGUGAUUAUUUUUUGUAUCAGUUCUCAACUGAGGCGGAAACAUCUUGGUGGCUGUACAGUCAACGCUAGUUUCAUUGUAUUAAAACAAAAAAAGAUUAUCCUAUAAUCAUUAAAAUGACUGAAGCUUAUGAAACCUCAUGUCAGACUGUUAUUGCAGGAGAAUGUGAAACAUCAAAUGAAUUUUGUUAUUGCAUUAAUUAUUACUACUAUAUAAACUACAA